AUUAGCAACCACUUCUUCUUGAUUCAAAUGCACUUCAAACAGUAAAAAGCCAACAUCAGGAGAGAUCUUGUUCAGGGGAGUUUUACACAAUGAGUGGAAUUGAUGUUUGGUAUUGGAAUUUAUGUCUUUUGAAUUGAACUUUUCACAGUAGACAAAUUUGCGCCACAAGAAAAAUGUCCUGAAGGCACGCAUUCAAGAGUGAUUUCUGAGAAGUUUCUCGAAUCAUCUGCUCCUAUUAUUUGACUUCUUCAUGUGCAACAGCACAAGCCAGCGACACAGCUUAAAAGGGGCGGAUUUCUCCCAAAUGAUGAUAAAUCACUCAAAUUUCGAUACAUUCACUUUUAUACUCUCUGACAUAGACACAAGGAAGAGGCUGUAGUUGGGAAAUGUGCAAUUAUUCUAUAGAUUACGCGCAUUAAUUGUACCUACAAUAUUAUUCUUCACUCUCUUCUUACCCUUGAAAAGUGUGAAAAGAUCAUGAUCACGAAUCAAUUUACAAUUGUGUUAAAUUCACAAGUUUAAAAUAUGUAUUCCCUUAUUUACUCAGCUGAAUUUAUGAAGCAUUGUUGCGAGAUAAGCUUCACAACCACGGAUAUUUCCACUUUCGCAAUGAAUUUCAUACUAUCAAGUCUUGUACUGCUUUGGGCGAAUUGUAGCAAAUUCACGAGAAGUCAACCGCCAUACAGUGAAAUAUGCAAAAAUUUGCCUGAUUUGAAGGGAACUUGCCUUCUCUACUGCUUCUUCGACGUCUACUAUCAUCACGGCAAUGAACGACAGACUGCCAACGAAAUAGCAGAAUAUCUCACUGAAAACGGUUAUGUCGGACACCCUUUGGAAGUGAAUGUGUCUUAUCUUGAACUUUGUCUGAGGUUCCUUCAGGAUUCCACAAAUCGCUGCGGCAUUAUCGUUCCAAUCUAUGAUUGUAUCGAAAAAGUAAUACCGCAGCAAACAUUUCAGCAAUUCAUGAUGCAUAUUAAUCAACAGAUAUCUGGAAAUGCGAUUCAUAAUGGUGGCGCUUGGAAUUGGCAAAUUCCUACUUCACUAAUAUCUCUCUGCAUCUAUUUGUUAUUAUUGAAUUAAGCA